AUGACUAAGCAUGUCCCAUUGGCUAUAAUCUAAAACAAAAUAGGUUCUUAACCUUAUCAUGAAGUAAAAAAGUUAAAUCUUUGGGGAAUAGAUUGUGAGGUUACACCUUCACUUUCUAUGUUUCCAAACCUAUAAAUUCUCUAAUUAUCAAGAAAUUAGAUUGGAACAUUGAAACAUAUAAGCGAAUUAAAAUAAUUAAAAGAACUUUAUCUUGAGAAGAAUAAUAUCAAAGAUAUUAAAGAAUUAGAGUAUUUAAAAGAAUUAUAUAACCUACGAGUUUUAAGUUUGAUAGGUUUAAAAUUCAUUAUAUUUAUAUUAGAAAAUCCUGUUGUCGAACAUCCUGAAUAUAAAAAAGUAGCUUUAAAACAUUGUUUAGCAUUACAAGUACUAGAUGAAUUCAAAAUUAUGGAAUAAGAUCGUUAAUUCUUAAAGGAACAAGAAUUAUCUAUUUAAAAUUAAUAAUAGAAUUUGGAUGCUAAUUCAAAUUAGAUGGAUACAAAUGAAAAUGUAGAGUAGAUUGUAGUUCAUAAAAAGAAAGAUAAACAAAUUAAAAAAAUUGAACCUAAAUCUUGUUAAUCAUCUAAUUAAUCAACAAAUGGGUCAAAAAAUAGAUUUGAUACUAAUUCUUAAAAGAUAUCAAAUAUAAAUGAUGAUGGUAAAAUCUACCAAUUUACUUCUGAAACUUCACAAUAUUCAAAGAAAAAGACCUAAAAGCACUCUACAAAAACUAAAACCAAGUUAACAAAAAAAUAAUCUAAACCUUAAACUCAUUAUAUAGAUUUAGAAUAAGAUUCAGAUUGUUCUAUAUCAAAUAAUAUCAAAUCUAAAAAGAAAACUUUGAAAAAGUUAAAAAAGUUAUCUGAUAUAUUUGAUUAAAAUAGUUAGAAUAUAUAAUAAAAUCAAGAUGUUAAAGAAUAAGAUAAGAAUCUUUAAGAAUCAAAGUAGUAAAUUAAGAAAGAGAAAAAUGAAGAAAUUCAAAUAGAUAAUAGAAAUGAAUAACUGAGACAGAAAUUACUAUCUGUUAUAUAAAACUUAAUAUAAUUUAUUGAUAAACCAGCCCUAUAAUGUUUAUAUAAGAUUUUAUGUGAGAAAGAAAAAUGA